CCCAUUUAUGUUCAUCAAAACGCUACGAUUCGUACCUCAAUCGAUUUCACACAUCUGAUCUUGCCUUGCUCAUAAAGUUUUCUGAGAGAAUCCCGUCGGAAGAAGCGAAGACGAAGAAGGAGCAGAGAGGGAAAAAAUGGAGGCGCCGAAGACCAUUGCGCACGAGAUCGGAGGGGUUCAGAACGACGCGCUUCGCUUCGGCCUCAACGGCGUCAAGAGCGACAUCGUUGGAUCUCAUCCCCUCGAAUCAGCUUACCAAUCUACGAGGAGGACACAGGAGGAGAUGAAGAGGAAAAUCCUUAGAAACACAUAUGGAAGUGCUUUCCCGUUGAAGAUGGACCUUGACAGGCAAAUUCUUUCACGAUUUCAGAGACCUCCUGGAGCAAUUUCUUCUUCAAUGCUUGGUCUGGAGGCGCUGACUGGAACCUUGGAUGACUUUGGUUUUGAGGAUUAUCUGAAUGAUCCGCGUGACUCUGAAACCUUCCUGCCUCUGGACAUGCAUCAUGGUAUGGAAGUUCGCCUUGGCAUUUCAAAGGGUCCAGUCUGCCCAAGUUUUAUUUAAUUCAAUACUUUUUGUCAUUGCAUUAAAAAGUAUUCAAUCAGUUUUUGAUUGUUCUCCAUGGAUCCAUAAUUACACAUUAAGCUUUUCAGAUGUCGCUAUCAUCUAGACAUGUAUUUUCCAGGAGAUUAAACUAGUGUGUCAUGGAACCUUGUUUUCGUUACAGCAGGCUUUUGUUACCAUCUAAUUUCUU